AUGAAAUCUUUUGGUUUAAUUAAUAUUAUUUUAUAUUUAAGUACAACCCAGGACAAUUGGGAGGAUAUUAAAUUAACUAUUGUUGGGCAUAGAAAGUUUUUAGAAAUAGAAAAAAAACUUAAUUCUAAUAGAGAAGCUCCUUGGCUUAAAAUGACUGAAAACUUAACAAUGAUCGAGCCUAAAAAUGAUCAAGAAAUGCUAUUACAUUUUGAUUUUGAUUCAACUGAUAUUAGUUACACAAGGGAUGAAUCAUUCACGAAUUCAAGUCGUAAGGCGAGCAGGGAGGCGUCAUUACAUUCGCAGUCACGCUUAUCACCACGCUUAGGCUCGUCACCACCUCGAAACAAGGAACUCACAUUCAUCAACAUGAACGCUCAAAUGAAACAAGUAGACGAAGCAUCGGCGUUCGUCCAGAUAGACAGUUCGUUUGUUCAGGUCUGGCCUACCAAUUUAAAAUGGAGGUAG